AUGAGUUUCGGAGGAAGAGGCGGUGGAGGUGGAUUUCAAAGGAAUCUACCCUUUGGUCUAGAUUACAGUGAUCUUAACAAUGGUAAUAAAGAAAAUGAAAAACCACAAAUACCCUUACCUGUUAACGGUAACUCAUCAAAAUUAGAAAAGAUUGUUGCUAGUCAUUUUCUAAACUUCCAAACAACUGUUAAAGAUGGUCCAUUUUAUACUGGUUCAAAUUUAGAAAUAGAGAAUACAAAAGGUAAAACUGAAAUAGAUGAAGAAGGUAUCAAUGAUGGUUUAAAGAGAUACUCAGAUAGAUAUAGAAAGAAGCGUAAAAUAGGGAGAUCUAUUGACGAACAUCCAUAUGUUAUAGAGUUUUUCCCACAAGAGUUAUAUAAAGUCAUGGGAGUUGAUGACAAAAAGAAGAAAAAAUUAUUAUCAUUAGCCAAAUUAAAGAAUUCAAAAGAAGUUUUAGACAAUUUAGACAACCCAGCUAUUGGAGAAUCCAUCUUAGAGAAGCUUAAGGAUAUGGCUGAGGAUGAAGAUGAUAAAGAAGAACCUGACCCUGAACCUGAAGAGAACUUUGACGAUGAAUUUGAAUCAGAUGAUGAUGAUGAUUAUAACGCUGAAAAAUAUUUCGAAGAUGGGGAUGAUUUUGCUGAAGAAGAUGAUUUCAAUGAUGAGGCCGCUUUUUGA